UCCACCAGUUUGUUUACUUCGUUGCAGUCCGAACAACAGCCAGGCCAGUCGAAAUGUUCUUCACCAAGAUCCUGAUCCUGUGCACAGCCUGUUUGCUAGUCUCGAAGGCCCAUGGCUUCGGAGCGGUGGGAGCUCCCAGAACCCUGGAGGGCGAGGACCUGGCCAAGGCCCAGCGGACUCUACAGGCUUCCCUGACUAAGCUGGCCGCCGGCGAAGGUCCCCACUACCGCAUCUCCAAGAUCAUCUCGGCCACUUCUCAGGUGGUGGCUGGAUCCAAACACGUCUACAACGUCGAGCUGAUUGACAACGAAGGCGCCACCAAGGUGUGCACGGUGGAGAUUUGGUCCCGCACCUGGAAGCAAAACGGCAUCGAAGUGACCUUCAAGUGUCCCAACGAACCGGAACUGGUCAAACAACACAGUGCAUAAAUAUUAUCCCUUUUUAUCAAAUUAAACAAAUCUGUCCACCUUGAAUGAUACCAUUACUAUACCCGUUACUCGCAGAGUAAAAGCGUAUACUAGAUUCGUCAGAAGUAUGUAACAGGUAAAAGGAAGCGUUUUCACCCCAUAAAGUAUAUAUAUUCUUGAUCAGGAUCACUGGCCGAGUCGAUCUAGCCAUGUCCGUCUGACCGUCCGUCCGUAUGAACGCUGAGAUCUCGUUCUUGUUAAGUAUGGUAAAUUACUAAAUUAUUUCAUCAGCAUUUUUGCAAAUGUAGAUAAAGCAGGUCAUCACUUGAAAUUCAUUUACUCAGUAAUCAUAAAGAUCCCAUAAAAAGUUUAAGUGUAUUUAUGGGGCUGAGGUCUAACUAGCAAUCUAUGCUUAAAGCUAACAAAAGCUUUGGGUGUUUCUCUUCAUUGCCCGUCUGUCGUUGCAGGUAAUAUAUUAGUGGAAAAAUGUGUAAUGGCAUUUUCGCUGUGGUUUUUUAGGUGGAAAAUAAAGUUUUUUUUUUGGCAAAACCUGA